GCAUCAGCAGAGAUGAGAUCACUCGUUCCUUAAACUCCUAACUUGGAUUUCACAGCCGCCCCUCAUCCUCAAACAAGACAGCUGAACUAUCCUUCAUAGUUCCCUUUCUGUGCACUGAAUCUUCCAUGUCUCAAACGCCAUCCAAUUCAGAAAUCAAAAGGGCUCUAGAAGCUAGCCCGGAGACCAACAUCGAAAAUGAAGCCCCGGAGGCCCCAAGGCCCAGCAAUUACCUGAUUCUUACGAUAUUUGCCUGUUUCUGUCCUGCAUACCCCGUAAACAUUGUCGCAUUUGUUUUCUCACUAAUGGCUUUAAACAGCUAUAAUGAUGGAGACAUAGAAGGAUCUAGGAGACUGGGACGAAAUGCACUGUAUGUUGCAAUUGCAUCAAUCAUCAUUGGUCUUCUGGUUAUCGCAACGUAUUGUGUGGUCCAUUUCACAACGCAUACAGUUUGACCAUUAGAAAAUGAUAAGAAGACAAUAUUUAAAUCAGACUCUUCAUCUCUUCAAAUAGGAAGAGGCGAGAUAUACUAAACACGAGAGAUGACGAUGGAUUCUCUACAUCCACAUGUGUAUGUGUGUGUACGCAGGCAUAUAUUUGGUCUGCACAAUAUGUUUAUGUCUGGUCAGAUACAUUAUCCAAAAAUGUAAAAAAAAUUAUAUUGCUGGAGAUAUUUAGCCUGAAACGUUUACAUCAAAUUGAUUAUUACAAGAAACUAUUAAUCUCCUUCAAACUGAUUGUUACAAGAAAUUGUUAUUUGUCAAACAAACAUGCUUUUUUAGCCAACUUCACGUUCUCGUAUUUGUAAUGGAACAUAGAAUAUGAGACAUUAAAACAUCUUCAAAUUUCCUGUAUGGAAACCCAACUCUACAGCGACAAUAAAAAUGUCAAGUUGUUCCAGAACUGCAGAUUUCUCAUAUCUCCUCCAGGAGCAGGAAUUAAUUUCAAUUCAAGGCUACAUGGCAGUAUAUCCUGUCGUACAAUAAUAUUGAAGCAAUAGUAGCCUUCAACAAUUCCCUUAUUAAUGUUCACAUAGACACCAGCGGGAAUGUGCAGUUUAGAUGUGAAGACGCACAUCCUCAUUUAGUGUUCUGUUUUGGGGGGAUACUAGUGAAAAUAGAUGGAUGGUUUAUGCAUGAAUGGUAAUAAUAUAUGCACACAUAUGUUACACACUGCAUACAUGCAGAGAUGGUUGGCAAACCGGCUGCUAAGAGUAUCCAUGCCCAUAUUGUUGGUGGAUACGUGUUGAACUUUUAAUUCUUAAUAAAUCAAGUUUUGUAAAUUAAAAAAGUAUUCAUAACUUAGAAGUUAAAAAAGUAGAUUUCUUUUCUUGUUGUUACUGGUUUUAUGACUUAUUGACCUUUGGUAGCCUCAAACAAUUCAAGAAGGAACAAAAUCAUUGAUUAGGCUGAAGCUAGCUGCAUGUCCUAUUGCUAUUCUAAGGACAGAAGGCAGUCUAUGCCGUCAACAGAACCCGACGCUACUGUUUGGAACUCAGUGUCUUCUUAAUUACCACUUAUAGAUCCCUGCACAUUCAUCAAUAGUAAAUAAGUAGAGCACUCUUUAAAGUAGCACGAUAAUCUCUUGUAGGUCUGCCAAUGUUAUGCUUUGAUCAUUCGUAAAUCUGUUUUGCAGUUUAUUUCGAUAAAAAUAAAAAAGCGAAAUUUGCUUCUCAUCAGGCAUGUUGGGCAUACAGCACCAUCAAGUUAUUUAAUAUGUUACUUAUUGUCACUGAGGAUUUUAAAAUGUUAUUGCAAUUCCAAAAUGGCCACCUACACACUGGACAGGAAAAUAUAUUUAGUGAUAGUGCCACUUUAAAACUUUAAUUAAGAAUUAAGAUUAUAGCAUGGAACAUGAACUCCCCCCUUCCUCUCUCCCCCCCAACAUCAAAAGAUGUUGAAAAGACAUUGGAAAAUAUUAUGGAUACAAAAUACUGAUUGAAAAAUCAAUAAAAUAUAACAAUAAAGCUACUUCAAUGAAACAUAAAAAAUAACAGCUCAUUAACUAUAUGCCUGUAUAAUGUUCUUUGUACAUGGGGUCAACAGAAUAUUGUAUUUAUUUUCAUAAAUAUGUUGUAUUAUACUAAGACUGUUCAAUUUAUAGAUUUUCUUAACUUUGUACUUCAGAAAAAUAAAUGUACGCUUAUUCUUUAUUCUGUUUUUGCAUUACUUUUGAGAUCAAGCAGUGCUUUAAAUGUUCCACUUGUCAACCUUUCUAUUUUGGUGAAACAAAUAUGUGAGUAAUAUAUUCCUUUUUUUUUUUUUU